AUGAGUACAGGCGAGAAAGUCGAGAGUGUGCAGGAACCGAGAGCACCGCUACCUGUAUCCAGCGUGGCUCCGCGCACGCCCAAGCUGGACGACUCGCCACCGCAAUUUGCAGGCACGUCGCCGGCAUGGGUUAGCGGUGCAAGUGAUGCGCUGACGCACCGCGCAACACCCAGGCUGCGUAGCGGGACUGCUGCGCCGCACGCACUGCCGUCUUUGAGUCAACAUGCGCUGCGUUCCAUGCCACGCUCAGAUGGAUUGACUGGUAUAGGUAUCUCUACGCCCACUGCAAAGCAUGCGCGUGCCGCGAGCACGUUUAUGCACUCCGAUCAAACCUCAAAAACCGUUGAUAUCCACGCGCCGCUCGAUCCAGCGCACCAGCCCGGCGCCCCAAAGCUUGGCGUGAAGGCACACGGCACUUUUUCGCCUACACGCUGUCCCUCGCCGCGCGGGCAGCUUGUUGAUGCAAACCAUCCAGACGCGUUUGUUCCUGCGCCGCGCCUUUGUAUGCGCCUGUCACAACGAUCAUCCUUCGUCCCACAGCACGGCGACGUGAUUGGUCUUGGGAUUACCUUACCAGAGGCAGAUGUAACUGAGCAUUUACCGUGCCUGUCCCUCACGUCUCAGCCUGAGCAUGUACUGACGGAGCGGAGCGCAAACAUAUGUGCGAAAGACCCGCCCAACUUUGCUGCAAAAACGUCGGCCACUUUCCCUGCAAAAAACCAGCGCGACGCAAGCAAUCCAAAAGUAUUGCAGCACGAUCUUGCAUUGUUUGCAUCUAGCGUGACAGAUGAAAACGGUGUGCCGCUACCGCCCAGAGCGCCGACAAAGCGCCACAGCGUCUCUCGUGUCCGCCGGCCCCGCAGCAUCUCCGCCACGCUUCCCGGCGCAAUGGACUCAGCACAGGCCGUGUCGCACACCUCUUUUUGUAACGCGAACGCCCAGCAUGGGAUCCCCGCGCAUGUAGCUCAGCGCUCCCAGCGUAUGUUCCAUUUGCGCUAA